AUGUCGAAUCUAACUGUGGUGACUUUCGAAAGCGAAGAUAAUGCUAAAGCCCAAGUUCGGUCCAUCCUCGGCCCGACAAAGGACUCGGAGUUCCUGCAGAGCUUCGUUCGCGUCGGAACUGGAGAAGAGGAUGAGGAAUUACCAGUCCCGAAAGCGUCCAUCAGCAAACGAGCCCCAGUGGAAAAACUCGACUCUACUGAUGAUGAAAAUUUGACCGUAAUAAUACGAAAGGUAUCUGAAAAGCCUAAAAAAAGUCUGAAAAGGGUUCGUCGGAAGCCAAAGCGUGAGAGACGUCGUCGGGAAGAGGAGUUGUACACUGAUAAAGAUAGAGCUGCAGCCGUCGUGAUAGGCACGAGGGACAUCAAGCAGUCCCUGAGCAUGAAGGAUAAGGCGGAGAGGAGCAACAACUUGCAGAUCCCGAUGGAGGCGGAUGCUGGGACGCUGCUGGCGUUGGCGCGCGCCGAGAUGAUGCGCGAGGGGUACCGCACUGCGCUGACGUUCGUCGAUAAGGCAAUCGAUCUGGCCCCUGAAGAAAAAGCAGCUUAUGUGUCUCGCAGCCGAUGUUACCUGCUCCUCGGCGAGCCUCACAAAGCCCUGGAAGACGCGGAGAUCGCCCUGAAGCUCGACCCCAAACACGCAAAGGCACUGCUUCAGAAAGCUGAAGCGUUGUACUAUUGCGGCGAGUUCGAAUUGAGCCUGGUUCACUACCAUCGAGGACUUCGGGCAAGGCCUGAUCUGAGUGAAUUUAGGCUCGGAGUUCAAAAAGCUCAGGAGGCCAUAGAAAAUACCAUCGGCGCAGUAAAAGCGGUUAAAAAGGCGCCAAAUAAACGUAGAUUAUCGAAAUCGUCCCGACCGGUCUUAGGUCAGUUGAUGUCAGACAAAAUCUAUUUGGAGAAUUUGCUCAAGAACCCAGAUCUAGCAAUUGCGGAUAAGAAAAACGCCGUGGUUCUGAAGCAAGCGGAGGAGGCGAUACGAUUUUUGGAAAACAGAGAAGAAUUUUGGAGGCAACAACAAACUGCUACGAAACACUAAGCAUAUAAACGAUAGGUUAAUAUUAGACUUUAAAAACCCCACAUGAAAUAAGAUGGGCGGAUGAUUAGGUAUCCAGUGUCUACGUACUGUAGGUAUC